GGCGAGCUCACCUAUUCAUUCCCACCGCUUCGACCACAGGGAUUCCAAAGCGACGUCUCGAUCUCAGACGUCUCUCCUUCGCUCCAGAUCUGCAUUUCCAGACCCGCUAAUCAUUUAUUUCUGUGCCGCGGCACUUCAAACUUAAUGUGGCCGAAACGGAAUUCAUUCUCAGCUCCUCCAGUGCCCCCUGACUGAUUGGCACAGCGUUGUAAGCUGCACAUUAGGAGUGGGCGUCUUUAGCUGGGCCGGGGCUUCGGACGGCGCCGGCGGAGCGGCGAGAGCCAUGGACGAGGAGAUCGUGUCCGAGAAGCAAGCCGAGGAGAGCCACCGGCAGGACAGCGCCAACCUGCUCAUCUUCAUCCUGCUGCUCACCCUCACCAUUCUCACGAUCUGGCUCUUCAAGCACCGCCGGGCCCGCUUCCUGCACGAAACCGGCCUGGCUAUGAUUUAUGGUCUUUUGGUGGGCCUUGUGCUUCGAUAUGGCAUUCAUGUCCCAAGCGAUGUAAAUAAUGUGACCCUGAGCUGUGAAGUGCAGUCAAGCCCAACUACCUUAUUGGUAAAUGUUAGUGGGAAAUUUUAUGAAUAUACACUUAAAGGAGAGAUCAGUUCACAUGAACUCAAUAACGUGCAAGAUAAUGAAAUGCUUAGAAAGGUUACCUUUGAUCCAGAAGUAUUUUUCAACAUAUUGCUUCCUCCUAUCAUAUUUUAUGCAGGAUAUAGUCUGAAAAGAAGACAUUUCUUUCGAAACCUUGGGUCUAUCCUAGCAUAUGCUUUUCUUGGAACAGCAAUUUCUUGUUUUGUAAUUGGGUCAAUAAUGUAUGGCUGUGUCACACUGAUGAAAGUGACCGGACAGCUUGCGGGAGAUUUUUACUUUACAGACUGUCUGCUGUUUGGUGCCAUUGUAUCAGCAACUGACCCAGUGACUGUCCUUGCCAUAUUCCACGAGCUUCAAGUGGAUGUUGAACUCUACGCACUUCUUUUUGGGGAGAGUGUCCUCAAUGACGCCGUUGCCAUAGUGCUGUCUUCCUCAAUAGUGGCAUACCAGCCAGCCGGAGACAACAGCCACACCUUUGAUGUCACAGCCAUGUUCAAGUCCAUUGGGAUUUUCCUUGGGAUCUUCAGUGGAUCUUUCGCAAUGGGUGCCGCUACUGGCGUGGUGACAGCUUUAGUGACAAAGUUCACCAAAUUACGGGAGUUCCAUUUGUUGGAGACAGGCUUGUUCUUCUUGAUGUCCUGGAGUACUUUCCUCUUGGCUGAAGCGUGGGGUUUCACAGGUGUGGUUGCAGUGUUGUUCUGCGGCAUCACACAGGCCCAUUACACGUACAAUAAUCUGUCCACAGAGUCUCAGCAUAGAACUAAACAGUUGUUUGAGCUUCUCAAUUUCUUGGCAGAGAAUUUCAUCUUCUCCUACAUGGGACUGACACUGUUCACCUUCCAGAACCAUGUCUUUAACCCGACAUUUGUAGUAGGUGCAUUUGUUGCUAUUUUCUUGGGAAGAGCUGCUAAUAUUUACCCCUUGUCCCUCUUACUUAAUUUGGGUAGAAGAAGUAAGAUUGGAUCAAAUUUUCAGCACAUGAUGAUGUUUGCUGGCCUCCGUGGCGCAAUGGCAUUUGCUUUGGCCAUUCGGGAUACUGCAACUUACGCACGCCAGAUGAUGUUCAGCACCACGCUUCUGAUUGUGUUUUUUACUGUAUGGGUAUUUGGCGGUGGCACAACUGCCAUGCUGUCAUGCUUGCAUAUAAGGUACUGUGCUAGACUCUGGGGAUACAGAGAUGAAUUGAGACAUGGCCUUUACCCUCAAGGAGCUCACAGUCUAUUUGGGGAGACUGACAGGGUUGGUGUCGAUUCCGACCAAGAACAUUUGGGCAUUCCGGAAAAUGAAAGAAGAACCACCAAAGCAGAGAGCGCCUGGCUUUUCCGGAUAUGGUACAACUUUGAUCAUAACUACCUGAAGCCUCUGCUGACGCACAGCGGGCCUCCCCUCACCACCACGCUCCCCGCCUGCUGCGGGCCCAUCGCGAGAUGCCUGACCAGCCCCCAAGCUUAUGAGAACCAGGAGCAGUUGAAAGACGAUGACUCCGAUCUCAUUCUCAAUGAUGGCGACAUUAGUCUGACGUAUGGGGAUUCUACUGUGAACACCGAAUCAGGAACAUCCGGUGCCCCUAGGAGGUUUAUGGGAAAUAGUUCAGAAGAUGCCUUGGAUCGGGAGCUCUCAUUUGGGGACCACGAACUGGUCAUCCGGGGAACACGCUUGGUUCUUCCCAUGGAUGAUUCUGAACCCCCAUUAAAUUUGUUAGAUAAUACGAGACACAGUCCGGCCUAAGCUUACUAAUACUCACUUAGUGAUUUGUAAAAUUUGCACAUGUGAUUGUGAAGAAAUUUGUACUACCUAAAAAGUCCCAGUGCAUGUCUCUGAAUGUUUAAGCUAUAUAAAUGCUCUUUAUAUGGCAUCGAGAGAAUAUAAAUACCCUGUACAAGGCAGAUUGUGAACAAACUAUUCCUUUAUGUUUCAUUGGCUGCACUAUGUAGAUUGGAUCUGUUUUAGAAAAAAGUUAUUUUCACAGUGAUGUUGUGUGUUCCGUUAGCUUUACGUCUCAGUUAAAGUAUAAAAAGUGACACAUGUACUCUUUCUUACACUUACCUGAUACUUAACCAGAGUACCAAGUUCUUGUGCCGUGAAUUCAUUUUGUUUUGUGGGAGGGGAGGGAGAGGAAAGAGGGCGUGUUAUUUCUGGGGAAGCCCAGGGAGGAGAGAAACAAGCACGUGUUCAUUGCUCCUGCCUUGGAUGUGACCUUUUUCUUUCUUUUUUUCUCCGGUGGCCUGUUGUGGCAUUAGAGGCUGAGGGUGUUCAGAUCUUGCCCCGCUGGGCUUGGGAGUGAAAUGGGCGGGGUGGGGGGCGCUUUCCCCCCUCCCCGUGAGAGAACAGAUUCAUUGACACUGGUGUUCGGAAAAGACAUCCAAGACUUCGUUACUUUUCUCCCAGACCAAGACCGUAGGAAGGCGUCGCGUUAUCCGGCCAGCUUAGCCAAAAGUACGGGUGUUCAUAGUUCAGGGCACGUGGUUUCCGUUGGCAGGGGCAGGGGCAGAGCACAGGAAGGGCAUAAAGGGGUGGGGGGGUGGUCUUUCGGAGAUCUCUCUUCCCAAAUGUGUAAAUAUUCAAUACCAGAUAAGUUUAAAUAAGAAACUCAGUUGCUGCUUACUUUUUGAUUAUAAACUUGAUCUGUAUAGCAAGCUUUGUGGUCAAAUGUUUUUAUAUCAAUUUAAAUUGCUGCUCUUUAGCAGCCAAACAGGAGCAAAAUGUAAAAUUUUUGAACUUACUGUGUCUAAUUGUCAGUCGUUAGUCUGCACUUGAUGUUAAAAGUUAAUUUAUGACUCCAUGAUCGUUGCCACACUACAUCAAAGUCCGUCGUAAAGAACCGCGCUGCCCUGGAGAGCUUAUCAUAAGGGCAGUGGCUCCUUUAUGUGCACCGGCGGUAGUUGUCUUAGUUUUCAUGUGACUUUUUAAUAUGAAAUGCCCAAGCUGCCGUGUGUGGGUGUGUGGGUGUGUGGGCGUGUGUGUGGUGUGUGGCUGUGUGUGGGUGUGGUGGGUUUUGUUUUUGUUUUUGUUUUUUGUUUUUACAGUUUUCAAGGAAGAGUACAUAGCAACUUCCCAUUUCCUACUGAGACAAUGAAAGAUUCUACUUUGUAAUGCUGAAAACACCUGCAGGUGCGUUGAACGCUUAGAAGGGGGUUAGUCUCUGAUGUCGAUCCUGACCUGUUAAGGUUUCAGAAGAAAAAUACGAGCUCUUGUGGGUCUUUCCCCCCUCGGGUCUGAGUAGCAUUGCCUUAAAUCUUCCCCAAUUCGCAAAAUUGAUUUGUUUACGUGAUACUAAAAUUUUCCAGCCAAAAAUAUCUUUUCCGAGCAAAAUAUUCUCCCCCAGGUAGCUGUACUGUUGCAAACACUCCUGGAGAUUUUAAGGGAAUUCUCCCGUUGUACCCUUGAGUGGCAGCUCUAACUGUUGGCAUAGAUAGCCAUUUGUUAUGUAGUGGUACCGACUUUCCUGCUAUGCAGGAACCCCGCGAAGUGUGCAUUUUAUAUAAUGAAUGUGUGCCUCUUCAUGCAGUCUCUAAUUCUUGCUAAUGUGUGUUUGAGGGGCUUUGAACUUCAGCAUCAUUUACCCACGCAGUUAUUCAAGUUGUAAAAGGUCAUACAAAAAAUGAACAACUACCUUUUAUAUUCUGUCAGGUUACUGAGCUCACUUCAUGAAAAUGGCUGUAAAUACUUAGCAUGACAAAUUCAGUAACUCGUCUCUUUCAGCAUGCAUAAGACUUUUUCUUAGGGAAACCGAUACAGCUUGAGUCAACUGAAUCUGCCUUCGUGCUGUAUCAGAGGGGAACCAAGCCUUCUGUGCUUACGUCAGCAUCUGGAAGAUUCUCCUCUCCUCUGAUCUGUGUGUGCAUCUCCAAGCAAAGAAGAAAACACAAACUGUGCUCUCAUACCCAUUGGUUUUAGACACCUGAGUGAACUUGAAUGAAGGACAGUCUGAGUUACCAUCACGCACAAGUAGAGCUGCUCUUGGACUUGCUGUUCUGUUCUUUGUGAACCCUACACGUUUGAAUGACUCAAACAUUGCAUCUUUUAAAGUUAUUUUGUAAGGUUCCUUGGCAUCUAUCCUCCUUGUCUGUGUUUGGCAAUGUGCUGUUAAAGAAAUAGACUUAAUCUGUAUGUAUUUUUUGUUUUCCCUUGCAGUACUUGGACAGAUGUUAUAGUGGUUUCUUUUAGGAAAAUCUGUCAUUAAAAAAAAUUAUAGCCUUGCAAAUAACCAGU